AAGCUCGAGCAGGGGGAAGGCCGAAGCGAAGUGGCAGGCAGUGAAUAGAUACGUCGCCGUCGGGUGCGCGGUGCGACCGGGAAUUCUUUAUUAUUUUCCUCUUCUUUUGGUACGAAACACGACCGGGAAUUGUCUUGCAACUUCCAUUUGUUCCGGCGGAAAGAAAAGGAAAGGGUCAGCGGAGAAAGAACGAAAGAAAGCAGAAAGAAGAAAAAACAAUGGCAGGAGUAGCACAGGCGUUGAAGCGAAUCCCUAGUAUCAAGUUUCCCCAGCGGCGCCCCAAUCCUUCCACAGGUUCUGCUUUCAAGACAGGAGAAGCUUCUUCUGCGGGAAAUGUUGUUUCAAACUUCUUCUCCAGUGCGAAGGCUUCAAACUCUCUUGGAGGUCAAGCUUCUCUUCAGCCCAAACGAACGCCAGUUUCUAAGGAUGAGAUAGAGACAAUCUUGUUGGGCGGCUGCAUCUGAUCAUCUGGUUGAAGUUCAAAACGCGAUGGUUUGGCAAUGUGGCUGAUUGAUACAUCUGUACUGCUGAUUGAUCUAAUGUGGUCAGAUUGGCGAAUUGUGAUAAAUAUCGUUCAAGUUUGUACGAUAAUACAUACUGCUAUGAUGUCAGUUAAAUAGAUUCUCGCAUGUACUUCAGUCCAUUGAGCAAUCCUAUGGUUGUGCUACAAUCGCGGCGAAUAAAUAUGUACUUCUAAAAGAUUCUUUAUAUUGUGUACGAUUGAUUACGUCUUAUUGGUGUUUAGUGUUUACCAUGUAACAAGUACACGUAUGGGAAAUUGGGAAUAUAUGGUGUCUGCACUCUGCAUGUGACUGGGCCCGAAGGCCAUUAUUCUCUUGGGCCCAACGAACACACUUAUUUAUUUUAAUCGGAUUCUAUUCUACCAUAUGCAGUCUCAUUGUUUAAUUACGGUUUACGAACUCAACUUUUCAUUUUCCCGAACUGUGAGAAAACCAAAAUACGGAACCCACUGUCCUGCGAGCCAAAAGUAUUGGAAAACAAAACCUCCAUAGCCGCACCACGGGAAAGUUCCCCUUGCUCCUCUGUUUCAUGUUACCAACGCCAACGCCAACGCAUAAAGGUUUUCUUUCUGCGGUAGCAUAUUCGCUUCAUGGAUGAUCGUCGUGGAAAGCUGAAUAUCAUACCGGAUCACUUUCAAGUCUCAACUUCCGGUGAGGACACUCCACAAGCAGAAACUAAUCCUGUUUUCCAGCCAAGAGUGGAUAAUUUGGCUAGGCCUCAAAGUCUUUCCUGGUCGCCGAGAAAAUUGAAGACUGCUGCAUCUAUGUUGAGAAUGUUCAGUCUACGUGGCCUACCUUGGACCCCUGAUGGCCAGCAAAAGGUUCAGGUAACUGUUGCAGAGUUGGAAUCACUUCGCUCGGAGCUCGUCGAGGUAGAAGAAAGGGAAGCUUACUUAAAAGCUCAGUUGGAACAUGUUGAUGAAAUUUUGCGCACAGCUCGCCUGUCAGGCUAUUUAUACAUUAGAUCUAGAUGGGCAGCUUUACCUGGUGAGCCUGCUGUAAUUGAUGAUAUUGAUAUUGACGAUUGGCUUCCUCGAUUUGUUGUCCUUCACGGACAGUGUUUAUUCUUCUAUUUGUUGAGCACAGGAAGUUUUUCUUUUUGCAGAUUUGAGUCCUCAAGAUUCAACUCUACUCGCCGAUGUUGUUGAAGUGGGUUCUCUACCGGAAGUUAGACGUGAAGAUGAUGAGAUAAGAUAUUCCUUCUAUGUUUUGACUCGUCAGGGCCUUCGGUUCGAGUGCUCCAGUGCUUCUAAAUUACAGGCGGAGACAUGGUUAGAGGCACUAAAAACUGACUGCAAAUAUGGCUGUGGUGGUGCAGAAUCUGUAAACGACUCUUCUGAGACGAAUAAUCACUCCGAGACUGACUGAACACUGAACUGUACUUAGGCUUAUUCAAUUGUACAUCUUUCCUUCAGCUGAUAUUUGAUUGGAGCUUGUGAUUCCUCGUACUGCUUCGUUUUGUUCAUGUACAUAGAUUGACACACUCAUUUAACCCGGAAUUCAUUAUAUACUACUUCCCAGUUCUUGCUAGUUCAGCGAGGACUACAAGUUUUCAGUAAUUCAUUGUGCACCUUUCUUAGACCUAUGGAGAUGGGAUUUCACUGCUUUAUAACCAAGACGCUGAAUUCAGAAGAACUAUGC